AACAUUCAGAAGGUGGCUGCAAGGGGCGAAUGCUUCUAUAUACUGUUGUCAUUUUUUGGCUUCUUGGUCAGGUCGAAUGUGGGCCUUCUCUAUGGGGCUGUUCCUGAUCUCAGUCUCCCCGGAAUCCCUACAUCUGAGCGCAACGUACGGCCUGUGCAUGGGAGCAGCAGUGCUAGUCUUCGGAGCUAUCAUUGGUGACUGGGUGGACAAGACUGCGAGGCUCAAAGCUGCCACACUGUCUAUGAUCCUCCAGAACGUUCUGAUCGCUGUAUGUGCCUGUGUUAUUCUCACUCUCAUCGUACUACUAUCAGUACUGGAGGAUGUGCAGGACUGGCUGCGUCAUCUGUUCUACGCCAUCAUCAUCAGCCUGUCAGUGUGUUCGCGUCUCAUGAAAGAAGCUCGGAUUAUUAUCGUUGAAAGAGACUGGAUUGUGGAGCUGUGCUCCAAAGAUGAACAUCAUCUGGCAGUGAUGACAUCAUCAUUCCGAAGACUUGACCUCGUAACAAAACUCCUAGCUCCAGUAGUGACCGGCCAGAUCAUGACCUUUGCGGGGCUGAAAAUAGGAUGUGGGUUUGUGGCAAUAUGGAGCUUGGCCUCUCUGGGUAUUGAGUACUACCUGAUCAAUCGUGUAUACAGCAUUGUCCCAGCACUGAAGACAGGCAAAUCUGCGGUGUGCUAUGAAGCAAAUGUUUUAGGUGUGGGGAGGGGGGAUGUUGGUCUGUCUCAUACCCUGGUGAUUCACUUUGACAGACUGUCAGCACAACAUUGCCGUAAAUAUGUGUCUAUGUUUCUGUCAGACAGAAGAAGUACGGUCAAGACUACAACAGAGACAGUGUCAAACAAAUCAGGGGGUAUACUAAUGCAGAUGGCGUCCAGUUUCAUCAUCUUAUACCGGGGACUGAGGACUUACUUCAGCUGCGUCACAAAGUGGCCAGGCUUGGCGCUUGCCUGUUUGUAUCUCACUGUUUUGGGAUUUGAUGACAUUACUGUUGGUUAUGCAACAAUGCUGGGUUUCAGUGGAUCAAUACUUGGGAUUAUGAUGGGUAUAGGAGCUGGAUUUGGAAUUACUGGCCACUUUCACAUACCCCUACAUUGUAAAGAAACUGGGUCUACCCAAGUAUUUUGCCUCACUCUGUGUAUUGUAUCUGUGUGGUUACCUGACAGUCCCUUUGACCUGUCAACCGGGAAUAAAAUAGAAAAUGAUAAUGGAACAUUUCUCAGGUGUAGCCAUGGUUUGCAUAACAUCACACUUGAAGACUUUAACACAACAUCGGACGCCAUGACGUGUGUGGGCAGAAAGUCGCAUGGUGCUGCCCCAGAUUCCAACAUCUCAGUCUGGGUACUGCUAGCUGGGAUUGUCUUGGCUCGAUUUGGUUUAUGGACAGCCGACCUGACCACUGUCCAGCUGUUUCUAGAGAAUGUGCCUCCCAAACAAAGAGGGAUUGUCAAUGGUUUCCAGAGCUCCUUAAACCAGCUGAUGGAUUUCCUAAAAUACGCCCUCGUUGUGAUCAUACCUAAUGCUCACCAGUUCGGUCUUCUUGUCUUCAUCUCCUACGCCUGCAUAUGCCUAGGCUGGAUUUUCAUGUGUGUCAAUGCAGUUAAAACAGCGAAACGGAAAAAAUAA